GAAUAUACUAUUCACAUGGUCUACGGAACAUGCGGUGACAGUUGCCAUCUCCGCAAAUCCAGACCCAGCAGUUGAAUCCUUCAAGCCACAUCUCGACAUCUCUAAAAUCUCAAACAUUGACAAUGGUCCAUCCCAAAGCUGAAAAAGCCCUCGAGGAGGCAAAAAAACUAGUCGCCCAGCUCGAAUCAUACGAGGAUGAUCCCAUCAGCCACCAAAAUGUCCUCAAGCAGUCGGAAGUAGUUCGUUCAGCUUUCCAGGAUCCCAUGGAUCAGAUGACACACCUAAUGGAGCAAUUUAGUCUCGGAUGCGCUUUCCAUACCAUUCUUGGAAUCCGGGCGUACCAUGCCAUGCCCGAAGAUGGAAGUCCCAUCGCCGCUGAGGAAUUGGCUCGCAUUACCAAUGUGGCUACUACUGUGAUUCAGCGUAUUUACCGUGUGGCUGUUAGUCAUGGUGUUUUUGUUGAGACUGCGCCUGAUACGUAUGCUCACAAUGACCUUUCCCGGAUCUUGAACCCGAGGGGUUUAGGUUCGUUUUUCAUGAUUGUGUUGGAGUUUAGUCGUGCCUGGAUGCAUCUACCCGAGUACCUCGAGUCUCACAACCCUGAAGAUGUCUUUGAUCUCAGAAAAUCCCCUGCCGUGUACUCAGUGGGUAAGGAGCAUCUCGGAAAGUCAUACUAUGAGCUGCUAGAGAUGGACCCCGAUCCUGAGCGACGUGAGCUUUGGAAUGCAAACAUGGUUGCCGUUGAUGAACUGAUGCCUGUCGUUGGCAUGUUUCCCUUUGCAUCGCUCAAGGACGAAGUCGCUCAGGAUCCUGAACGACCUUUCUUGGUGGAUAUCGGUGCCGGCCGUGGUCAGUCGUGUAUCGCCAUCCGCAAGGACAUUGGCGAUGCCUUUGACGCAAAGUAUAUCCUACAGGACCUCCCUGGUGUCAUUGACUCGAUGGAUCCCAAGCAUUAUCCAGACUUUGAACUUAUGACUUACGAUGCCUUUACUCCGCAGCCUGUCAAGAACGCCCGCAUCUACUUUAUGCGCCGCUUCCUUCAUGAUUUCUAUACGCCAGUCUGUAUCGAAUUCGUCAAAAACACCGCAUCAGCCAUGGGGCCCGAUUCCCGGCUGAUCAUAUGCGACCAGCUUAUUCCCGACAUGGUCGAAAAAGACAAGUUCACAGAUCUGUACUGGCUUGAUUUUGCGCUCCUCGCCAUGACUGGCCAGGAGAAGAAGAAGGCAGACUUCGAAGAGAUCUUUGAAGCUGCCGGUCUAGAGCUGGUCAAGAUUUACCCAUCUGCCUAUGGAUGUACUGCGAUGCUGGAGGCGAGAUUGAAGAAGCCUGAGUAGGCGCUUCGGAGCUCGGUGGCAUGCAUAUGAGACUGAAAUUGACGGUUACUUUACUACUAUGUUGCCUUUGGAGCCCAGCUGUUGGAGCACUCGUGUCAGACAUGAACGCUACGACUCUGUGAGUUGUCAGCAGCGAUGAUGAAAUCAUUCUCAACGAACAGGACCCUUCCCGCAGUCGAUAGUAGUUUUCAGUGCCAGAUGUCUUAGAGCUGUCUUGUGCAGAAGCUAUGUCAUCAAUGUCAACAUAACGUCUGUCAUCCCGAUGACACCUAUCACGAGCCACUAGCCGGCCUUCAGUCUUGCAUAGCGUCCUCCCGUCUGUGCCACAUUUAUGAAUAACAGUCAGCUGCAUAACUUACGCACCGUCCGAGCGUACUUCGGACCGACCUUGCUUAAGCCAUCUGCAUGUCUCUGCAGGAACGAUGUGCUUUCCCGUAUGUGCCGAACAUGGCUUGCGUUCGGGUGAGCCACAGGGCGGUAACAUACAUUGACACGCAACG